UGUUAAUCGGACGGUGAAACUGGUGUCGUGUUGAAAAUCAGCAAACAGAAAGGGCGGUAGUCUACGUAACAUGAGCUUUGUAGAAACGACUUGUUGAUGACGUUAUGGGGUGGAUCUUCCUUGCCAGUAUUUUACUCCUCUGCUUAUGCGCGACGGGAUUACCGUUGCCACAGGGCGGUGGCGCUGCGGGGGGCCAUGGACAGCCGCAGGCUGGCUCGGCGAGCACCCCGGGCCCCGGCGGUGGCACGGCUGGCAGCGGCGCGAGCAGCACUCUCGGCGCCGCUGGCGGCGGUGCUUCUGGCUCUGGCAUCGGCGGCGGUGCUUCUGGCACUGGCACCGGCGCCAUCGUUGGAACCGGGGUCGGGUACGGUGUGACCGGUGGAAAUACCGGGGGUGGGGCCGGUGGCGGUGCCGCCGGUGGUGGUUCGAAUUUGUCCACGGGACCGGCUCGUCGGGGCCGAGGGUGGCGCGACUGGCGCCGCGGCGACCCCACGCUGAUCAAAGGACUGUGGAAGUCGAAGGGACCUCUAGGGGAUAGAUUCGAUAAAGGGUAG